GGUACCUAUCCUCAGUAACCACGCCACGCCACGCCACCUCCGCCCUCCGUCACUUACACCUCCCCCCCCAAGAUCGCUUCCGAGAAUAUAACACCACGCUGGGUCCGUUCAACUCUUCUCAUCCGUGUUGGUCAGGGCCGCCCCAUUGUCCUAUAUGCCCGAUUCCGUGGAAUGAACCGCCGGCCAUUAUCGGCGUCAUCGCAUUCGCCAGCCCGUACCGUCGUCCUGCCUGCCUCCCUCUCGACCCAGCCUACCUGGUCGCCCUGUCCAUGGGCCGUGCCGCCUUACCCGGUAGCCUGCCCGUCAGUAGAAGAACUUUGACUCUCCCGGCCAUGCCUCGGUUGAAACGUCGCCAACGGCUAGGCUUUGGAUCGGAAGCAUCGCAGGAACCAUGAACAUAGUUCAUCGCUGGGGGCAGAGGCUUCAUCGCCAGUGCCAACAAUGGCUGGCCUCGGCCACGUCGACCCUCCGGAAAAAUACUCUCGGCAGGCGGAUGGUCAAGAAUAUAGCUUGCACCACUAUCACCAUCAUCAUCGGCCUCAUCCCCGAAGUGGUGGAGAAAUUCGGCCCUGCAGCCUUCUUCGGCGCCAUGGUUACCAUAUUUGGUUAUCCCGGGCAGCGGUUCGGGCAGAUGGCUGAGGUCCUCAUACUCAUCGUCCUAGGCAUUUUCGCUGGGAUUGCUUGGUCCGCGCUGGGACUCUACCUUUCGGGCCUCGUCUAUGCGGCUAACGACGAGGUCGCUUUGGCCAUCAGGGCCGUCUUCUUCGUACCGGCCUUGAUUUUCCACGGCGUCCUGCGUUCGUCGACGCCUAGAUUGUUCAUGUUUGUGUUCUUCUUCCUACUCAUCAACACAACCAUCUUAACAGCCACCGACAUUUCCGUGUCUACCACCAUGAUCACCAAUAUAGCUUACCCGGUCCUCGCCGCGGUUGGCAUCGUGGUAUUCGUGAACAUUGUGGUAUUUCCCGAGUUCUCGAGCGGCUUCUUAGGUAGAUCCACCAUAGAAACUCUAUGCGCGACUAUGGACUGUUUCCUGGAGUCCGGAGACUGGUUCAUGACUGACACCAAGCAACCGGACGGCGAGGACACGGAGAAGGGAAAGGAAGCCUCUAUAGCGUUGCGUACUAGGCUUAUAGCGUUGACCGAAAACAAGACGAAGUUAAGAGCCCAGCUUAGCAACUGUAAGAAGGCGCAAGCAGAGUGCAACUUUGAGCUGGUGUUUGCGGUUCUGCCUCCGCGGUCGUUGAAGCCGAUCAGCAUGACCCUGAUGUCCCGCCUCGUUCAGAUCACCAUCUGCCUCAUCAAUGCCUGCGAGAGCAAAUAUGCGCUCGCCGGACAAAAGUAUGGAGAGGACGAGCCAGAGGAGCCGAGGAACAAAGACUCCGACGGCGAGGAUUCCGAGCAGGACACUAGCUCUAGCUCGGACAGCGAGUCGGAGAGCGAUAGCGACAACGGACGCUCGCAAAGCGAAAGUAGCUCGACCCGGAGAAAGUCCAGAUAUCUACGGAAUCUUAAACGUGUGAAACCGAUCCGACAAAUAGAAUUUGGGGAUAUCGAGCUCUUAGAGCAUAUUCUCGAUCAGAUCAGCGCCCCGACCAAGGCCUUGCAAGAAAAUAUGCGGGCGGCGGUUCACGUUAUUAGCUCCGCCUUGGGGUACUGCUACGACGUGGCCCGUCUCCCGUCCGGCUCGCCAGCGCCCAAAGGUAUCAGGAUGGAGGAGAUCGACAUUCGAGUCGACAUGUUUGCGCAAGCGUUAUCGCAGUUCGAUCGGGACUCCGCCGCGGCGCUCGAGCACGCGGCCUCCAUAGAAUACGGUCGGGAAACACGGGGGGAUGUCAUGCCGAAGAUGGAGAUGCACCUAAUCUCCUCGUUCCUGAUCAGUGUCCGCCAAGCCGCUGCUCAAGUCAUGGAAAUGCUGGGGCAUUCUCGAGCGCUUGUCGAGCGCAGACAAGCCAGGAACAGCCAUCGAAGGCUUUACUGGCCUAAGAUUGGCUGGAAGAAAUGGCUUACGAGCGGCGGUGAGACCGAUAUCAACGCUCUCCCAGAGAGGGCCCGAAAGGAGGCAAGAACAGGUCACGGCUUACGAGAGGAACCGGAGGGGCCUGAUGACAGCGACAUGAGCGAUAGCGACACAAAACCGUCCAAACGGGGAAAUGAUGAAGAGGCUGGUCGCGAUAUUUCGAGAAAGGCCACCACUACCGAGAAGGGACAUAUUCCGAUGCGGAAAAGCUCUCGGGAAUCUGAAGGGACCACCAUCUCGUCGUUGCGCGAGCUUGCUGCCGAUGUGUUCGAGUUCCUGGCCGAUUCGGAUGCUCUCGCCUAUGCUACCAAGCUGUCCAUCGCGGCCUGUCUCAUCACUUGGCCCGCGUUUGUGCCGUCAUACAACCCGUGGUAUAAUUCGAUCCGCGGUUCCUGGGCGUCGUUCCAGCUAGUUCUCGUCUUCGAGGUAUCCGUAGGGACCUCCCUUCAGGGAUUUUUCCUCCGAGUAUUCGGGGUGAUAUUCGGCUGUCUGGUUGGUUUCAUCUCCUACGAGAUUGGUCAAGGAAACCGGGUGGUUGCCGUAGUCAUUCUCGUACUGGGCCUCAUACCUUCGGCCUACAUCCAGCUCGGUACACCAUACGUUAAAACGGGGAUCAUCGCCGCGACGAGUUUGUCGGUGGUUGGACUUGCAAUUAUCCUCCAACCAAGAGGAGACGCACCCUGGCAGGUCUUCAUCAAACGGAUGGCGUGUUUUCUCGUUGGCGGCACAGUCGCACUGCUCGUCGAGAUGUUCUUAUUCCCCGUCCGGACUCGAGAUCGGCUUGUUGAAUCGUUAGCCUCGAGCAUUCAGCAGAUAUCGCAGAUGGAGGGCUCGGUAGCCGUGGGCAUCGAUUCACCUCGGAAUAUUGAUACCAAAUCUUACGCGCUCGACGAGAGCUUCAAGGACGCCAAGGAAAAGGCAGAACAAGCCCUCGACGCAGCUCGCACAUUCCUACCAUUCUGUCUGGCGGAGCCUAGGCUCAAGGGAAGCUUCAAGGGGCAAGCGUUGAUAUAUCGUGAAAUGAUCUACGUCUUGUUUCAAAUUAUCGACCGUAUGGACGAUAUGCUCCACAUUCGCAGAGCCUACGGGAGCAGCGUGCUUGAGGAGCUGAACGCCGAAGUUCUAUCCUAUCGUCGCAAUGUGGCGGCUAGUAUAAUGCUCACCCUGUUCGCUGUUCACGAAGCGCUCACAACGCGAUUGCCCCUGCCCCAAUUCCUGCCGUCGAGCCGCGUCGCGCAGCUCAGGUAUAUCAGCCGGGUCCGCGAGCUCCUGCUCGAGCGUGUGCCCAAGUCGGCAUAUGAUACCGGCACCCAGACCCCCGUCUCCCUCGAGGGAAGUUCUACCCUUCCGCAGGCCCACGUUCUUAGGUCUAUGGCCCGGCAGAGCUUUCUGUCAUGGAAUGCCAGCUCCGCUGGAAUGAUGGAAAUCAUCGAAUUCCUGGAAGAACUAAUAGACCUCGCCAAACUGUUGGUUGGGGUCAACGCGUUCCGCAGCGGGAUGCUCGAGCGCCCCAAGUAUUACGAGUACGUCCGGAAGAUCAAGGAACGCGAGUCGAGCCGAGCGACGGCAGCGGCGGCGGCGGCGGCUGCUGCCGCUGCCGAGGCCGAGAACCAAGAGGCCCAGAAGACCAGGCUCAGAUCUGGCAGCACUUUCGUGCGCAGGAGGAGAGGUUUCACGCUUAGCAAGAUGCCUUCUCACGGCACUGCCAGCACUGGCAUAGCUGCCGUCACCAAAAGCGCUAGCCACGAACCCCGUCUGAGGCGCCCAUCGACCGGUAUUUGGGCCAGCAGCGCUAGCGACGCGACCACCGCUAAGGGCGGCAACGAGACGACGGCGACGGCAGCAGCAGUAGAUCUGCCUAUGAGUCUCCAGAGGGUCAUGACAAAGCGGAUGGAGGGACGACGGCAGGAGAGUAUCGCCAAGCACAAGAAGGAGAAGGUGGAGGAGCAGGAUGGCUCGAAGGGGAAGCUCCCGCUUGUCAAACCGGUGCAAACCUGGUCCCCGUAAUGAACAGAGGCGGCACUGCGCAUCGCACGUCGCUGCCUGGACGUAGGAAUGCUAGGGAUUCUUUUGUGUAUGUGAUAGAAGCAGCAUAUAGAUUUUGGCGAGGGUAUAGCAACACCUAGGCUAUGAUGGCAUAGCCCCGUCGAAUGGAAACGAUUUUACGAACGGAC